AUUUAUUAAGUUAGUUUAUACAGAGCCAGCCUAGAACAAACUCAUCCUCUCUCUCUCUCUCUCUCUCUCUCUCUCUCUCUGCACCAUGUCUUCAUUUCCAUCUUCUUCCUCACCAAGAACUCUGAAGAUUGGCAUAAUAGGAUUCGGUCCAUUUGCACAGUUCCUGGCAAAAACCAUAAUAAAACAAGGGCAUACUAUAAGGGCCACUUCCCGAUCAGAUCAUUCCGAACUCUCUGUCCAACUGGGUAUCUCGUUCUUUAGGAAUAUGGAUGCAUUUCUUGAAUCAGACAACGAUGUUAUAUUGCUGAGUACAUCAAUCCUAUCUCUAUCAGAGGUGGUCAAGUCCAUGCCAUUCAACCGUCUGAAAGGGCAAACACUCUUCGCCGAUGUACUCUCGGUGAAAGAAUACCCGAGAGAAGUUCUACUGCAAACGGUGCCCCAGGACUGCGAUGUGCUUUGCACUCACCCCAUGUUUGGACCAGAGAGCGGAAAAGAAGGGUGGAAAGACCUAACUUUUGUGUACGAUAGAGUUCGGAUUAGCAAUGAAGCUAUAUGCCGCAGUUUUCUACAAAUUUUCCAAACUGAGUUCCUGGCAAAAACCAUAAUAAAACAAGGGCAUACUAUAAGGGCCACUUCCCGAUCAGAUCAUUCCGAACUCUCUGUCCAACUGGGUAUCUCGUUCUUUAGGAAUAUGGAUGCAUUUCUUGAAUCAGACAACGAUGUUAUAUUGCUGAGUACAUCAAUCCUAUCUCUAUCAGAGGUGGUCAAGUCCAUGCCAUUCAACCGUCUGAAAGGGCAAACACUCUUCGCCGAUGUACUCUCGGUGAAAGAAUACCCGAGAGAAGUUCUACUGCAAACGGUGCCCCAGGACUGCGAUGUGCUUUGCACUCACCCCAUGUUUGGACCAGAGAGCGGAAAAGAAGGGUGGAAAGACCUAACUUUUGUGUACGAUAGAGUUCGGAUUAGCAAUGAAGCUAUAUGCCGCAGUUUUCUACAAAUUUUCCAAACUGAGGCUCAGACCUGGGCCAAGCUAACUCUCAUGCCUCCAGAAGAACUGCAGUUCAUUGAAAUCAAUCCAACAGAAGGUUGCAAAAUGCUGGAAAUUUCUUGUGAGGAGCACGAUAAAUUGGCUGCGCAAAGUCAAUUUCUUACUCACACCAUUGGCUGGAUGUUGUCAGAGAUGGAGAUCGGACCCACAUCCAUAGACACCAAGGGAUUUCAGAAGCUUGUUCAAGUGAAACAGAGUACAACAAAAGACAGUUUUGAUCUGUUUUGUGGGUUAUUCAUCCAUAAUAGGUUUGCCAGACAAGAGGUGCAGAAUUUAGAACUUGCCCUUGAAAAAGUUAAACAGAAGCUAAAAGAGAGGAUGAAUGAGGAUCAGGAUCGAAGCGUGUCCAACCAGUGA